GAGGGGGCUUUCAGGCAGAUUCCCUGGGCAAAGAAUGCCCCUUUCCCUGGGGCCGGACGGCAGCCGCUUCGUGCUGGAUGUGUGAUCGAUCUGCAUUAUGAAUCACCCCGUGAAAGCCCCUCUGAGAAGAUCCUUCAGCGAUCAUAUCAGGGACUCCACUGCCCGAGCUUUGGAUGUUAUCUGGAAAAACACAAGAGACAGACGCCUGGCAGAAAUUGAGGCCAAGGAAGCUUGCGACUGGCUGCGCGCYGCAGGAUUCCCCCAGUACGCCCAGCUUUAUGAAGAUCUCCUGUUUCCCAUUGACAUCACUUUAGUCAAGCGAGAGCACGACUUUCUGGACAGAGAUGCUAUUGAGGCCCUAUGCAGGCGCCUAAAUACUUUAAACAAAUGUGCAGUGAUGAAGUUAGAAAUCAGUCCCCACAGGAAAAGGAGUGAAGAUUCGGAUGAAGAUGAGCCUUGUGCAAUAAGUGGCAAAUGGACUUUUCAAAGGGACAGCAAGAGGUGGUCUAGGCUUGAAGAGUUUGACGUGUUCCCUCCCAAACCAGACUUGAAUACCUCCUCCUCAGAAGCUCCUCAUCUUACGAAUGCAGCAAGCCAUGAGAGUGUGUUAACAGAUCUCAGUGAGCGCCAGGAGGUGGCUUCUAUUCUCAGCAUGAGUAGCACCAGCAGCCACCAACCAACCCUGCAGAGUGAUGCAUCUACCACCAGGACAAAUUCAGUUGUGAGCGUUUGUUCAUCAAACAAUUUCAUAGCAAAUGACGACUCAUUCAGCAGCCUGCCCUCUCCCAGGGAGCUCAACAGCUUCAGCUUUGGUAUGAAAGCCAGCGAGAAGAACCCCAAGUCCAAAACAAAGAGCCUACUCAAGAGGAUGGAGAGCCUCAAAAUCAAGAGCUCUCACCAUGGCAAAAGCAAAGCUCCUUCAAAGCUUGGUCUUAUUAUUAGCGGGCCCAUCCUGCAAGAGGGGAUGGAUGAAGACAAACUGAAACAGCUUAACUGUGUGGAGAUUUCUGCCCUCAAUGGCAAUCACAUCAGCCUCCCCAUGGUACGAAAAAGGAGCGUCUCCAACUCCACCCAGACCAGCAGCAGCAGUAGUCAGUCUGAAACGAGCAGUGCUGUCAGCACACCCAGUCCUGUCACGAGGACACGCAGCCUCAGUGCGUACAACAAACGGGUGGGCAUGUACCUGGAAGGCUUUGAUCCUUUCAACCAGUCGACGUUCAGCGACGUCAUGGAGCAGAACUUCAAGAACAGGGGAAGCUUUGCAGAAGACACUGUGUUUUUUAUCCCUGAAGAUCACAAGCCUGGCACCUUUCCCAAGGCACUCUCUAAUGGCAACCUCUCUCCAACAGAAAGCAGCGCUUCUGUGAACUGGAGGACAGGGAGUUUCCAUGGGCAUGGCCACCUUGCCCUCCGGAGGGAGAACAGCGGAGACAGCUCCAAAGAGCUGGGCAUGGGGAAAAGGCGCAACUCCUCCAGCUCCGUGAGCAGCCGCCUGAGUAUUUAUGACAAUGUGCCGGGCUCAGUUCUGUAUUCCAGUACCAGUGAUCUAGCUGACCUCGAAAAUGAAGACAUAUUUCCAGAACUAGAUGACAUCCUGUACCAUGUCAAAGGGAUGCAGAGAAUAGUGAACCAGUGGUCAGAAAAGUUCUCAGAUGAAGGGGACUCCGACUCGGCACUGGAUUCUGUUUCCCCGUGUCCUUCCUCUCCAAAGCAGAUCCAUCUCGACGUAGAUAAUGAUCGGACGACACCAAGUGACCUUGACAGUACAGGAAAUUCCCUGAACGAAACCGAAGAGCCCUCAGGGGUGCAAGACCGAAGGGACUCCGGGGUGGGCGCCUCCCUGACGCGGUCCAGCAGGCAUAAGCUGCGCUGGCACAGCUUCCAGAGCUCCCACCGGCCCAGCCUCAGCUCCGCAUCGCUGCAGAUCAACUGCCAGUCGGUGGCACAGAUGAACCUGCUGCAGAAGUACUCUCUCCUGAAGCUAACCGCCCUCCUGGAGAAGUACACGCCUUCCAACAAGCACGGCUUCAGCUGGGCAGUACCAAAAUUCAUGAAAAGGAUAAAGGUGCCAGAUUAUAAGGACAGAAACGUGUUUGGAGUGCCACUGCAAGUGAACGUUCAGCGCACAGGGCAGCCCCUGCCACAGAGCAUUCAGCAAGCGAUGAGGUACCUGCGCAACCACUGCCUGGAUCAGGUUGGACUGUUCAGGAAGUCUGGAGUUAAAUCAAGAAUUCAGGCUCUGCGUCAAAUGAAUGAGAAUUCAGCAGACAGUGUUAACUAUGAAGGCCAGUCUGCUUAUGAUGUAGCAGACAUGUUAAAGCAAUUCUUCCGUGAUCUUCCCGAGCCUCUCAUGACCAACAAACUCUCUGAGACCUUUUUACAGAUCUACCAGUAUGUGCCAAAGGAUCAGCGUCUCCAGGCUAUCAAGGCUGCCAUUAUGCUUUUACCCGACGAGAACAGGGAGGUCCUUCAGAUUCUUCUCUAUUUCCUGAGCGAUGUCACAGCUGCAGUGAAGGAAAACCAGAUGACACCAACCAACCUGGCUGUGUGCUUAGCACCUUCCCUCUUCCACUUAAACACUCUCAAAAGGGAGAAUUCCUCCCCAAGGRUGAUGCAAAGGAAACCAAGCCUGGGAAAACCUGAUCAGAAAGACUUAAAUGAAAAUUUGGCUGCAACCCAAGGGCUGGCUCAUAUGAUUGCUGAAUGCAAGAAGCUCUUUCAGAUCCCCGAGGAAAUGAGCAGAGGUCGGAACUCGUACACGGAGCAAGACCUGCGGCCCCUCAGCCUGGAGGAGCUCAGGGGCAGCAGCAGCACGGAGCCCUCCGACUACCACUGCUACCUCCAGGACUGCGUGGAUGACUUGCUCAAAGAGAUGAAGGAGAAAUUUAAGGGCUGGCUCAGCUGUUCCACCUCAGAACAAGCAGAUCUGGCCUACAAGAAGGUAUGCGAAGGUCCCCCGCUCCGGUUAUGGAAAACUACAAUUGAAAUCCCUGCUACACCAGAGGAAGUUUUAAAUCGUAUACUUAAGGAGCAGCAUCUUUGGGAUGAAGAUCUUAUAGAUUCUAAAGUGAUUGAAACAUUGGAUAGCCAGACAGAUAUAUACCAGUACAUCCAGAACAGCAUGGCACCUCAGCCAGCCAGAGACUUUGUAGUCUUAAGAACCUGGAGGACAAACUUCCCCAAAGGAGCUUGUGUUCUCCUGGCAACCUCAGUGGAUUACGACCAUGCUCCAGUGGCAGGUGUCAGAGUCAAUGUCCUGUUGUCUAGGUAUCUGAUUGAGCCCUGCGGGUCAGGAAAAUCUAAACUUACCUACAUGUGCAGAAUUGAUUUAAGGGGCCACAUGCCAGACUGGUACACCAAGUCCUUUGGACACUUGUGCGCGUCUGAAGUAGUUAAGAUACGAGACUCCUUCAGCCAUCAGAGUCUUGACAGCAAAGAAGUAAAAUCCAGGUGACUACCGAAGAGGAAGAGCUGCGCGCUCCGCACGCCAGCAGUGCCCGUUACCCGAAACUGAGGCCUGGGCUGGUGUACGACCUCCUGGGCUUGCCGUGGAAGGAUGGCAGCAUGAGAACCUGACUGUGAGCAUUGCUAUAGGACUGUGGCCAUACCAUACACUUCAAAGCUGCUUCCUGUCUGUGUAAGGUCUAUAGUGUAGGCCUCGACUGGAAUACGUAGGAGGACUGUGCAAAAAGGUCUUGUACUGUUAGAUGGUGUGAAUUGCUUCUGAGAAGCAAAAAUCUUUAAAUGCAAAUAUAUUAUGAUAUAUGGUGAAGGCUCAUCAUUCCCAUGUGAAAUAUUUAGCUUUAUGUACAUACCCAUGUCAUUUUAUUUGUAGUGCUCUGAGGGACUGGUGUAUCCACUGGAAUAGUUGGUACUCUUCAAUGUGUUCUCACUGAGAUAAGCAGAGAAAGGUUUGCACAGAUUAAAGUGUGAAUGAGUGUGUUAAUGGUUGAAAGGAUAGCAGAAGUCGAGCUUGAAAUGUGUCUGGAACACUGAUAGACAACCAGAGUGGAUUUUAGCAUAUUGGUUACAGUUCAACCUCAGAUUUGAUGCCCUGUGGACCAGAAGGUAGCCAUCCUUCCCACUCCCAGCUGUAAACUUUCCUCGGCUCUAAUAUUGUUACAAUCUCCAUGCAGAUGUUAUAAUAAUAGAYGUGCUCAGAUUGGUUACUAUUCACUCCUUAUCCAGACCAUCUUUUUUUAGGAGUGAUUAGCAACUCUUAUAGCAAUUUUAAAUAAAUGUGCUUUUAAGCAACGUUGCAGCUUAGAACUACAAUGCCUUUGCAGUGGUCAAGAGAGCCAGUAAUGUAAAUUGUUAUAUUACCUAAUAAUAUUUGUUGCAUUGACUCCUACCUGCAUUAACUAUAUGCGUUGCAAUGAACUUUUAUGUGUUUGCUGUGUUCUAAUGGUGCGAGAGGAAAACAUGAACAGUGGAGCUCUUGGCAGGACUCCUACAGAGGCAGAUGGAGUAAGGUGACGAGGAAGAUUCCUAACAGUUCUCUCUCUUUCUCCUUGGCUUGUUUUUUUCGAAAAGCUACAUGUUAACAUGAACAGAACCAGAGUAUGAGCAAUGAGGGCUUCCUUUGGGGGCAGAGAGGAGGACAGGCUUAUGUCUUGCGUACUGUUUUUGAAGGUUUUUGUUGUUGUUUUUCUUUUGUUUAUUUGUUUUAACCUUUUGGGAUUCACCCCCAUCCCCCCUUGACCAUCUUAUUCUAUGAACUGUAGGGAAUCUUGAGGUCUUCUGGAAAGGCAUCUUUCUGUAGGUUUUACUGUAAAGAUAGGGAUUUGCUUUGGAGGUGCAGUAUUAAGUGAUAAAUGUAUUUCGUGGCUAAGGUAUGAAUGAGUUGCAAGAUGGAAAUUUGACUGAGACUUUGUUACCAUUGUCAGUAUUAUUUUAAGCUUUUUGAUGAAGUUUUGUUUUUGUUGUUUUUUUUAAUUAUGGCAAAUAAUGUAGUACUUCCAGUAACAGUGUUCCUCAUGGGUAGGAAAAUCGUGUAUAUUCUUCUACAUCAAACACU